AUGGAUGAUUUCACUUCAAAUUAUGAAAUAUUAGCAGAAAUUGGCAAAGGCGCCUACGGGAAAGUGUACAAAGCGAGGGAGGUCGGUCACAAACAGCGCCUCCUAGCGGUGAAGAAGCUCAACAUCAGCGCAGACCCGGACGCAGGAAUCCCGCAGUUCAUGAUCCGCGAGGUGGCGCUAUUGCGGAAAAUAGGCUAUUUCAACCACCCAAAUGUAGUGAAGUUAUUGGAUGUGUCAGCUAGUUUGAAGAAACCAGGUUUGGACCUGACGCUGGUGUUUGAGUACAUCGACCAGGAUCUGUCCUCUUUCCUCAGCACAGUGCCUGAAGACGGUCUUAGCAGAGACAAAAUAAAAGACAUAAUGCGGCAGCUGCUAAAGGGCCUAGACUUCCUUCACACUAACACCGUCAUACACCGUGACCUGAAGCCCUGUAACGUGUUGCUGAGCAGCCGUGGAGAAGUGAAGAUCGCAGAUUUCGGCUUGGCGAGGAUCUACACUAACCACAUCGCCCUGACUCCCUGCGUAGUGACUCUGUGGUACAGAGCUCCUGAGGUGUUGCUCCAUUCAGGCUACAUGUCCUCUGUGGAUAUCUGGAGCGCCGGCUGCAUCUUCGCGGAGCUCUUCCUGCUUAAACCUUUGUUCCAGGGACACACAGAAGUCCAGCAGCUUCAGAAGAUCUUUGAGGUGAUUGGGUUACCUGCUAAAGAGGACUGGCCUAAAGAAAGCCCUAUCCAUUAUAAUCCAGCCUGGGGUAGACAAGACGGCAGCACACAGCUGCUGCCGAGUCUGACCACAGAGGAGAACAGCCUGCUCAGUCAAUGUCUGGCCUUCAGUCCAUCUCAGCGCAUCUCUGCUGUUAGAGCUUUAGACCAUCCUUUCUUGGCUGGUCCUUAGCUUUAAAACACAAUGGUUGACAUGAAGAAAUAUUAAGAAGAAGGGGCCUGAUAGAGGGAUGACUUGGGAUCUUCGUACACACACACACACACACACACACACACGGGAAAUCAAGUAAGGAAUAACACACUUGGGGGUGUGCUGUACAGGGAUAUCGGAUGGAACCCUGAAGUUGUUAGUUUUCAUAUAACAGCAUGUCUUAAAGUCUUUUAUUCCUCUUAUACUUCAGCAAUAAUUAUGUUUUUUUUAUUUUUUUUUAUUAACAAACUACAACUUAUACUUUUUGUCAGUUUAUAGCUACAUUUCAUGGAUCAAGUUCCUUCAUGUUAUCACUAAGGUUAUAGCAGCUGUCUACUCUUGAAGUUCCAAUAAACGUCUGUCACACAAGUCGACAAUAAGCGUAUUAAGAUGUACAUCGAUUCAAACCCUGCACUGUUUUCAGAGCUGCUUUUAUCGAAAUUUAUUCAACUUCUGAGCAAAUCAGAGUCGAGCACAGCGCUGUGGUUUAGACGAAGUGGUGUUUAAAGCACAGGUGUAGAAACCACAGUCUGUCGUGUCUUAUUACGUGGGAAGAUAAAAAGGCGUAUCGGGGGUAUUUUUCAGCCGCUAGCGGAAACGUAGACUUUGAAGAAACUAUAAAAGGCGUUAGUGAAUUUUCUUUUGCUCCAUCACUGGACUUUUCUUUAUAGAACUGUGGGAAAAAAUGUUCGCACAUUAUGCAAUUGAUGAAAUAAUUUCAGGCUGUAAGUUUUGCUUCUGCAUUUACACUCGCAGUAAUUAAAAAGAGAAGGGAUAAGUGUUAAUAAACUGUUGUAAUAGUCAGAUAUUUGACUCAAGUUCAUAUUCAAUAGCGGUUAUACCUCAUUCUGACAUGUGGUGUGACGGGAUUUUCACACUUAUUACUGAAAUUAAAUACAGAACGGAAAUGCGCACUCUAUUUUAAGCAGCUGUGUACUAAUAAUGAAUAUUGCAUUCUUUAAGGUUGCUUACUGUACACAA